AUGGCUGUCUGCCUGCUCCUGGCUUUUCUCUUUUCCUUUAGCACAUCUCUUCAAGUGCCUGAUAGUGGAAAAUUUCUAAUCUAUAAUGAAGACAGCAAGCUCUGUGCCCAAGCUCAGAACACUAGCUCGGUCAUAACUGCCACUUGUGAUGAGCACAACGAGUUCCAGCAGUUCAGGUGGAUCUCUGCCAUGCAGCUGCUCAGCAUGGGGAUGAAGCUGUGCCUGGGAGCGCUUGCCAAGGACGAUGAGGUUGCCGUCACACUGGAAACCUGCAACAGGACGAACGAGCUUCAGCAGUGGGGAUGUAGAAAUGAAACCCUUGCAAUUAAAGGCAAUGAUUUAUUUCUCAACUAUGGCAAAGGGAAGGGGAAGAAAAUCAGGGUGUCCAAAGGAACAGGCAAAGGGAGCAGGUGGAAAAUCCAUGGAACCACAGACAGCGUGUGCUCCCGGCACUAUGAGGAUAUGUAUACACUGGGAGGAAAUACUUUUGGUGCUCCUUGUGUGUUCCCUUUCAAGCUCAAUGGUAAAUGGUACGCAGAGUGCAUCGCUCGGAGUGAUGAUGCAGACUCUCUCUGGUGUGCAACUUCUUCAGAUUUUGAUAAAGACCAACGUUUUGGAUAUUGCCCAUUAAAAGACACCAUCCACAAAGACUUUUGGAAAACAAAUCCUUUGACAGGAACCUACUAUCAGAUAAACUCAAACUCACUUCUGACAUGGCACCAAGCAAAGAAAAGCUGCCAGCAGCAGAAUGCAGAAUUGUUAAGUGUUACGGACCUUCAUGAAGAAAUGUUUUUAUUAGGGCUCACUAAUGAUCUGGGUUUCAAUGCCAAGCUCUGGACUGGUCUUGUCAAUAGACUUAACAGUGGCUGGGAAUGGACUGGGAGUAGUCCUUUCAGAUAUCUAAACUGGGCACCAGGAAAUCCGUCUGUGGAACCUAUAAAAAUCUGUGGGACAUUCCAAGGCAGGAAUGGCAAAUGGGAAAACCAGGCCUGUGAUCGGAAACUGGGAUAUAUUUGCCAAAAGAGAAACUCCUCCACUGUGGAUUCUUCCACUAUUGCUUCAGGUGACAUUAAGCCUGUUAAGUGCCCCAGAGAAUGGGUGGCCUAUACAGGCCACUGCUACAGAAUUUACAGAACACCCAAAAUAUGGAAACAAGCCCAGUCAUCUUGUAGAAAAGAAGAUGGAGACCUGACAAGUAUUCAUAAUAUUGAGGAGUACAGUUUUAUAGUGUCUCAGCUUGGGUACAAGCCAGAUGAUGAGCUGUGGAUCGGUCUAAAUGACUUCAGGUUUCAAAUGUAUUUUGAAUGGAGUGAUGGAACACCUGUGACGUACACCAAGUGGCAUCACAACCAGCCGACCCAUACAAGGAAUAAAGCAGAUUGCAUUGUUAUGAAUGGAGAGGAUGGAGCUUGGGCUGACAGUGCUUGUGAAACAAAACUUGGUUACAUCUGUAAAAGAAAACCUUUGGCAGAAGAAUCAGGGGAAGCUGAGGUUACUUACCCGGGCUGCCAGAAAGGCUGGAUGAAGCACGGCUUUUACUGUUACUCCAUUGGGCAGUUACCAGCAACAUUUUCAGAAGCAAAACAAAUCUGUGAAGAAAAUAAAGCUCAUCUGGCUACUGUGACUGACAGAUAUGAACAGGCUUUUUUGACUUCUGUAAUUGGAUUUAAUCCAGCAAAACAUUUCUGGAUUGGCCUCUCAGACACGGAAGAGGAGGGGACAUUCAAGUGGGCUAGUGGGGACGCGGUCAUCUUCACCCACUGGAACGUAGGAAUGCCAGGAAGGGAGCCAGGCUGCGUGGCCAUGAGAACAGGAACUUCGGCUGGAUUAUGGGAUAUUCUCAACUGUGGAGAAAAAAAUAUGUUUCUGUGCAAGCAGCUGGUGGAAGGAGUGACCCCUCCACCCCCUCCAACAAAUCCCCCCCUCCCGUCCUGCCUGGAGGGAUGGCAUUCUGUUCCUCAGAGCAGCUUUUGCUUCAAAAUUUUUCAGAGAGGACGGGAGAAGAUGGAAACAUGGUUUGGAGCAAGAGAUUUUUGCAGAGCCAUUGGAGGAGAUCUGGCAUGUGUUCACAGUGAAGAAGAACAAAAUCUAAUAGCUGGCAUGAAGAGAGAUUAUCUUCACUUGUCUUACUGGAUGGGUUUAAGUGCUUUGGACUCUGAUGGAGGAUUUACAUGGAGUGAUGGCUCACCAGUAAAUUUCGAAAAAUGGGCAAAUGGAGAACCAAACAAUUAUGAUGGAAAUGAAAAAUGUGGAGUGUUUAAUGGCUACAAUGAUAUGAACUGGAAUGAUUUAUUUUGUGAACAUAUGCAGGACUAUGUUUGCCAAAUAAAAAAAGGAGCAUUGUUGAAACCAGAGCCUACAUACACAUUCGAUUAUGAAUAUAUUGUUAGCGAAGAUGACUGGAUAAUAUAUAAUCAUAAGGAAUACUACUUUAGCAAGGAAGCAAUGGCUAUGGAAAAAGCGAGGGACUACUGCAAGAAGAACGGUGGUGAUCUUGCCAUCAUUGAGGGUGAAAGUGAAAGAACAUUUCUUUGGAAAUAUAUUUUCUAUAAAGAUUGGGGAAAUAACUUCUAUAUCGGCUUAAGUGUGAGCCUUGAUAAGACAUUCCGAUGGAUGGAUGGAACUCCUGUCAACUAUGUUGCCUGGGCUCCAAAUGAACCCAACUUUGCAAAUAAUGAUGAAAACUGUGUGGUCAUGUAUACCCAAACAGGUACAUGGAAUGAUCUAAACUGUGGGAGUGUUGAAUUAUUCAUCUGUGAAAGGCUUAACAGAACUGUUCGCCCAACUACUGCUCCCACCACACCACCACCAAAGGGUGGGUGUCCAGAAGACUGGCUUCUCUUUGAUAACAAGUGUUUCAAAGUAUUCGGCCUUGAUGAAAAUGAUACACUGACGUGGCACGCUGCACGGAACAAUUGUAUUAAUUUUGGAGGAAACCUGGCUACUAUUUCAAGAAAGGAAACACAAGCUUUCCUCAUGUCCCUCUUAAAAAAUGCUGCAACUGAUGCCUGGGUUGGACUGAAUGAUAUAAAUCAGGAGCACGUAUAUUUAUGGACAGACGGAAGCCCAGUUUACUACACAAAUUGGGCAAAAGGUUCCCGAAGUUAUUAUAGUAAGGAUGACUGUGUCUAUAUGAUGAAGAACCCUAUUGAACAGGCAGGGAAAUGGAAAGAUGAAGAAUGUAAAGCAAGCAAAAGCUACAUAUGCCAGAAAAACACUGACCCUAAACUGCAAAAUUCCCAACCCACGGUCCCAAUGUUUGGCUUUAACAAUUACGGUGAUGACCGCUAUGCAGUCAUCAACUACAAAAUGAGCUGGGAAGAGGCACAGAAGAACUGCAGAGACCAAUAUGCAGAACUUGCCAGCAUUCUGGAUCCUUAUGCUGAAUCCUACCUGUGGUUACAAAUAUUAAAGCACGGGGAGCCUGUAUGGAUUGGUCUUAACAGCAACACAACUCGUGGCCGUUACAUGUGGUCAGACAGAAGGAGGAGCAGGUAUCAUAACUGGGCCAGUGGAGAGCCAAAUAAAAACACAGCCUGUGCCUAUCUAGAUCUGGACGGUUUUUGGAAGACAACAUCUUGCAAUGAAACAUUUUUAUCUCUCUGUAAACAAUCUGAUGAGUUAAUCCCUAGUGAACCACCACAGCUUCCUGGAAAGUGUCCUGAACCGAAGCGUGGUAGAUCUUGGAUUCCCUUCCGUGGCCAUUGCUACUAUGUUCACACCACUUCCGAAGAAAGCUGGCCUGAUGCUUCCAUGAUGUGUAUUCAGAUGGGUGCUUCUCUGGUUUCCAUAGAAGAUCCAGCUGAACUGAACUUCCUUUUACUUUACUUGUCUCCACUUGCAAGUGACUUCAGAAGGUUUUGGAUAGGAUUAUUCAAAAAUAUUGAUGGGGAAUGGUUAUGGGCAGACAGAAGUGUGGUAGAAUACGUCAACUGGGAGAAAGGAGAGCCUACAGUAAUUUUUGAUGAACACUGUGUUGACAUGGAUGUCUCAAGUGGAGCCUGGAGGAACUAUUACUGCUCUGUUGACCAGAAUUUUAUUUGCAAAAUCCCCAAAAUUAUUGAAGUUGAACCAACCCAUGAUUCAUCCAUCAAUAAAGCAUCAAAAAGAGAAGCUGCUGCUUCAUCCUCACAUAGUUUAAGUGUGAUGAUUGUUAUACUGAUCUUCCUACUGCUAGCAGGAACUGGCCUUACAGUCUAUUUUUUCUAUAAGAAAAGACACGAACAGAAAACAAUUACAGCCAGUUUUGACAAUACUAUAUACUGUGGUGAUACUGACCCUGGAACUCAUGAAUCAAGGUGUCUUGUGACCAAUAUUGAAGAAAAUGAACAGGCAUCAGUUUAA